CUUCGUCCCGGACGAACCGCCACGCGGUUUUCGCGAACUCCAGCUUUUCCAACUCCCUUAUCGUCGUAGUGCUUCCGGAUCCUUUCCGUUAUUUUUUGUCGUUUUCCAUUUAUUUUUGUGUGUGUUCGACGCGUGUGCUCAGGAGGAUUGACACGUGUUUAAGCCAGACCGAAAAUAAAACGCAUCAAUCCUGCUGACCCGCGAACUGCACAAUUAAACACAGGAUUAAAUGGAUGGAAGGAAACGACGCUAGGGUAGCGCCCGGCAAACGGACGAUCUUCCAAAAAAGUGCGAUGUGAUGAGAGUGUCGUUUCCUCGAGGAGAAUUGGAGUGGCGAAGCGGUCGCGAGAUGCGGACGCACACGUCAGAUCCUUGAUGGGCUGGGAGACGCCUAGGGCACCAUGUCUUCGCUAUCGCGUGCCCAAAGCUGGCCGCUUCUGUCCGGUGCGGCUCCCGUCGAGGAUGCCAGGCAGAAUGCCGCCAAAACGCAGAUCCAAGCCAGGCGACUGCUGUGCAGACAUUAUUAUCCGGAGGGCGGUUGGGGGUGGGUGGUUGCCGUUUGUGCAGUAUUGGUGCACAUCAUCAACCACGGAUUUCAAAUGUCUUGCUCCCAGCUCGUAGCUCCUGCCGCCUUCAAGUUCCACGUGCAUCCGGUUUAUCCAGCAGGAUGGCUUGGUGCUAUGUCGACCGGAGUGGCACUGCUAAUUUCACCAGUCACCAUCGCAUUCUGUCGCAGAAAGUCAACGAGAGUGACCGCCGUUAUGGGAGGUCUUAUCACCGCGUUAGGAUGUCUCUUCACCUCAUUCGCAACACAGUUCCACCAACUAUUUUUCAGUUAUGGUACGGUAGUUGGAAUUGGAGUUGGUAUUACUAGAGACUGCUCGACUUUGAUGGUUGCUCAGUACUUCAAAAGAAAACGCGAAUUUGUCGAAAUAUUUAUAGUAUCUGGAAGUGGAUUGGGAAUUGCUACUAUGUCAAUAAUUAUUAGAAGUACAAUAGGCGCAUUGGGAUGGAGACUUGGACUGCAAGUGGUCACUGGGGCAAUAUCGGUGACUUUCAUCCUAGGUACAUUUUAUCGCUCGGCCUCCCUGUAUCAUCCCCAACGCAGGGCAAUCCUUCAUAUAAAAAACCAAAAACGCAAAAUAAAGGACAAGAAUAAGAUUGAAGACAAGGUGCCGUUCUUCGAUUUCAGCACCUUGAAAAGUAAAACUGUACGAAUACUUCUUAUAUCGACUGGCAUAAGCGCUUUUGGAAUUAACACACCACUAUUUUAUUUGGCAUAUCAAGCCGAGGUUGAAGGACUAGGAGAUUCUACGGUGUUUCUUCAAAUGUACUUGGGGUUGGCGUGGACUGUUGGUUGUGUUGUUUUCAGCACAUUGGUUCUUCACAACUCAACGGAAUGUAGAAUUGCGAGACAAUAUUUAUGCCAGACUGCCGUAUUCAUGUGUGGACUGUCCAUUUUAGCCUUUACUGUUGUUAGCGGAAACUAUCAUGCCUAUGUUAUGUUUGCUUGGAUUUAUGGAAUAUUUUGUGGAGGUUAUCACUACUCUUUGAAAAUGUAUACUUAUGAAAGAGUACGUGCAAGGAAUUUCGCUAGAACAUGGGGCUUUGUGCAAUGUUCACAAGCCAUACCCAUUGUAAUAGGCGUUCCAUUUUCAGGUUACAUGAACGAAAACUGCGGAGACAGAGCGGGAUACUACUUUAGUUCCACCUGCGUCCUGGUAGGCAGCCUCACGUUGUUCCUAAUCGAUCUUCAUCGGCGAAAGAUCUCCCGGCACAAGCACACGCGCGAAAACGGCACCCGUCAUUUAUGCGUGUCCGAAACCUGCCCCCAACGAAGGAAACUGUCUUUCUCGCAAGAACCGGAAAAUGAUGGAGGAGUGACCGCGGGUGCCGCUGCCGCCGCCCUUGUUCUUGGGGCUGACAUUGCCCCUAAUCAAUCGGGAGGUCUGCUCGAGAACAUGGUCGCAUCCAAUGAGAAGGCGGAAUUAACAUGCAUUUCCGAAGAGGGCAUUGCGGACAUGGAUCUUCCCGAUAAUCUGCUAGACGAUUUAGACUAUAUAGGAGACUGUAUCACGUCAUGUAACAAAGUAGAGAACUAUUUAAUGCUUAGUGAAUUCGAAAAUAAUUUAAUUGCGGAAAUGCCUGUGAUAUUGGACAGGAAGGGUCGAAGGUGGUCUCUGGCGAGGCCGAAAAUUGCUCAAAAUGUCGAAGACAAUGUGCCAGAAGAGGAGAACACCGGAUUAACAAAGAGCAAUGGUAAAUGGAAAGUUUUUCCCAAUCGUGUAAUCACUGUAAUAGAUGAAUCGUCCGUUUAAAUUAUUAAUGCAUAGUUGUUGGCGUAAUUGGAACAAAACUAAUGUAUUAAAAUUCAAUAGGAAAACAUUGCUGUACUAUAAAAAUUUAUAAAUCUUUACAUCAUAAUAGUUGAACUAUGCAUUAAUAACAAUUUUAUAAACCUACAUGAUUAUACAUGUAUUUUUAGAGUAAUAUAUUUAAUAUAUUCAUUGAGUCUGUCCUUAGGAAAUGUAGAUUUAUAAAAUUGAUAAGACAUGUUUACUGCCAAUAGAAGAUAAGAGACUCUACCUCAAAUAAACCGUCAUUGAAAAUUGAUUACGUAAGCGGAGAGUACAAUAAUAAAUAUUGGUUCUAUUACUAUAUGUAACCAGAUAUGUAUACUUAAAUUGUAGUAAUUUAUAUUUAA